AUGGGUAAUGUAUUUAAUAUUCCUCUUUUCCUUUUUUUGUUAUUAUUAGGUAUUACGCCAGUAAGAAGUUUACAAUCCUCCUUAGUUGGCAAUCACCAAAAAAUUGAUGUUAUCACAGAUGAAUAUCUUCAAAGAAAAUUCCCAUUCUUAACUAAAACAUGUAGCAAGGAAGCAGUUUCUAAGUUUAUUCCACUUUGUGUUCUUGAUACUGGAAUCGACUCCAUUGAGGAAAGAAUCAAAGUUGAGACAGCUAUCAAAUUAUCAGUAUGCGAAUUUGAGAAUUCUGGACUUCAAGAUUGGAUUCCAAGGGGUUGUUUUUAUGGUCAACCACUAGAAAUAGUUGAGUGCAUGACAGGAUUGGAAAUUGGAGGUCAAUGGUGGACCACCUAUAGUGGUUACUAUCAAAAUUUGAACGAAAUAUGUUAUCAGUACUCUUUACCUUUUGAGCAAGAAAAAUUAUUAGGUGAAUUUCUUAAUUUGACAGAUAUGAUUAGUGAAGUUAGUUUAUUUUGGUCAAAUGAAUUUGGAAAUCUACAAUAUGAGAGUGAUUUGACAAUCAAUAAGCAUGUCGAUGAUAUAUCUAAUUUCUUUAACGAAUUGUUUGUUGAUUUAAGAGACCAGGAUAAACAAUUUAAGGAGGAAUUAAUAACUUCCAAUGAAGUCACUUUAAAACAUUUUAAUGAAAUAUACGAAGUAUUAACAAACAAUGUCACACGAUUCAACAAUGUUGUAAAUUCUUCGUUGGAAGGUGUGAACUAUUUAAUUCAAGACAUUGUUUCUCAGAUACAUAAAGAUGAUAUCAGUAAAGAUAUAUCACAGCUCAAUAAACUGAAAGAAAAUGCCAUCAAUUUAGUAGUGAAUCAAAGCCAAUUUAUCGAGGAUUCAAUUUUAAUGUUUCAUUUCCAAUUUAAUAAUAUGCUAAAUGAUAUUACAAUGGGGUUCACCAAUACCCAAAUAGAUACAUUAGAAUCAAUAAACCAAUAUCAAAUGAUUUUAGAAAAAACAUUAAAUAAAGAGUUAACUGCCACAAUGGGAGAAGUUAAAGAUAUAGCAAUAGAGGAGUGGACAAAGUUUAGUGAAGUAAUUGAAGAUGAUAUUGUUUCCUUAAAUUUCCAGUUUACGAACAAUAUAGAUGAAAUCGAUAAGAGACUCAGUAACACUGUUGAUUCUAUUGAUAAAAUUGAAGGAAAGUUAAGUUACUUGACACAAUACCUUUCAAGCUUGACAAGUAUAUUUUCCAUGGUCCUUAACAUAGUUAAGAAUAGUUGGAUACUAGUGGCGAUCAUUAUUUUAUCCAAACUGUUUAAAUUACUACCACAUUUUCUAAUCCCUGAAUGGAUCAGUAUGAUACUUAAAAUAUUCUUUAUGAUUUACGUUGGGAAAUAUAUUGGACAUCAUACAUUGUAG